AUCGCUGGUAAAACCUGGCGCCAGUAGUGACUGACCCCGAGAGACUGCGUGACGACGGCGACAAUAUCAACGCAGGCUCACACCGUGCACUGUUUAGCUGCCGAGAUAGCGUAUUAUACAGCUGCGCCAUUGCUAGAGCAGUCUGCUCGACUGGUGAUGCUGAUACAGUAGAAGCUGAUGUUAUUGAAGAAACAAUAACAAGUAUAAUGUAUACCCAGUACGAGAAGAAGCCACUCGACUUCUGAUGGUAAUGAUUACUGGCGUAUUUGAAUAGGACGCGACUAGGGCGAAGAAUGUGCUUGUGAUAACAGCAGCGUCUGACGGAUCUCGAAAGCCAUCAGAGAGAAUCUCAACUGCCACUUGGAAUAUUGUAUUGGUUUAUAACUUCGCGACAAUCUGAUUCGGAUCUAGCUAAACAACCGCUGCUGUGUGCCUAGGGUUUAAAGAUUUUAUCAAUUAUACAAUUAGCACAAAAUCGAAGUGGGGCACCCGGUGACACCGUGGGUUAUAGCGUGACAACGUUAGACCAGUGAACGUAACUAAGAUCCCCCGCACAGAAAAGGAUGUAGUCGUCUAAGCAAAGAAUCAAUCGUGCGACCUUUGACUGAACUCCUUGACGCAUGCUGGUCAGUCUGUUGUGGGAGAUAUGGACGCUUAUCGGAUGACUAACAGAUUACAUUUGGAGUAAGCCGAUCUAUAGAAAUUAAGUGCUUUGCCCCGGGCUAGUGCUAAUGGUGGCUUCGGCUGUGAUAAUGGAUCAUGUGACUGCCUUAACUACACGUCAUCGUGGUGUUUCUAUCUAUUUUGGAUAACAAUCUCAUCAUCAUUAUUAGAAAUUAUUCUAACCUUAAUAGAUAAUAGGAUGCAAAAUAGACCUUGGGUUCUUUGUCGAACAAAGGAUGGAGCAAAACAUUAAAAAGCUAUCGGAUACAACUGGAAGUUAAAGGACGACAACUUCAUUUUCGUGAAUCAUCUACUGCUGGCAGUCGUAGUCAACCAGUGCCGUCGAAUACUGCGCCACAUCAUCGACAGGCACAAAGCUCUCGUAAGAUGUUUGUACCAUGAAAUAAUGGAUCGACUCGUCUGCCAUAACCCUGAGCAAGUUACUCUACUUAGCGUCCGAAAACUGAGCUAAACAUGACAACCAGGCAAGAGAUUACACCUUGAGUUUACGAUGAUGUGACAUGUGUAAGGAAAGAUGGAAACAUUUUUCACCAACCAUUAUGUUGAACGUGGCCGAGAACGAUGAAAAAUAUCUGGGUGUUCAUUCAGAUGCGCGAACAUCAACACCGUCAUAACACGGACACCUCACGUUGGAACGGUAAAUGCUGCCGCUUCGUUACUUUGUUCUUGGAAUUACUGGACCAUCAUGGCAAAUAUAUUACGGCUCUACUGUUUGAUAUGACCUACUUUAUUUAAGCGUAGUUGGUGUGGCGUUGAUGAGAUUGUUGUAAACAGUAAUACUGUUGUCCCGUUAUUCCGUCGCAAGAGAAAGAGUUUGCUGAUGCGGACCUGGGGGCGCGCGCCCCCUGACGCCUCUUUUCCACUGGCGGCUCCUCUUCCACUUCUUGGUCGAAAGGCUUUCCCUUUGCACCUUGACCGGUAUCUACGCCUCCAAGGCUACGCUCAGGCACAGCCUUUACCCUAGCAACGAUUACCAGAAGAUGAUACCACGGUUAGCGCCACUGCUGGUGGGGCUACUGUGGGCGGCUAGGAACAUCAAUGCGACGAAGAAUAACCAACACAACCCAAUAGAAUACAUCCCCAGGAAUGGCGGUCCUAGCAGAAAUGGCGAGACCAAUAAUAACGAUGACAUGGAAUCGUACUUGCAUGCAAUUGAUUCGAAACAAUUGGUAUCUGUCGUUGUCCCCCACGAGAGCGUACGAUCAUCACAAAAGUUUCAGUUACCGGAUGACAACGCGGCACGCCGUAACGAUAUUGACAUAAACGUGACAACAACGGAGGCAUAUCAAACCCAUAUUCCGUUCGGAACCCGUCUAAGGCCACUUACGUCUCCUCGGCCGUACACAUUGAAGCUCAAUACUGAAGCACCAGUGAGCCGGCCUAGAGGGAAACGGCCAACAGGCCAGUCCCAUGAUGAUAAGCCCAGUCAACCUACACAGGCACCAGUGCGAUACGUCGCGCCUCCACCCCUACCACGAUUCGACAAACAACGAACGACGCCUCUUGUUGAGCGGCGUUUUGACGUCGAUGAGCCUAUUUUCAUUGACAACCUUAAGAAGGUGAAAAAGCGAGGCCGAAAGCACCACGGCUCAUCAGUUCCGAACAAAGAACAACGAGCUGGCAAAAGACGGCAAAAUUUCACCAGUUCACCAGCCAUCGAAGUAACUCCAGCGCUUCCACCAUCCACGGCGCUGUUCAAGGACGCCCCUUACGAUUUACUUCCACCGCCGCUGGCACCUUCGCCUGUAGCGGUAACACGGUCCCCUAAAAGACAAAGGAAGACAGAUUUUGAUCAGCCUAUCAAUGCCGGUCAUCCUGUUGGAGUCUCGCUGCGUCAGCCCCAUCUACCGAAUCAACCAAACCGGUAUGAACCGGUUCCGGCGACAAGAAUUUCGCCCCCGUCUGCAAACGAUCCGCUCUCACGAAACCGUCCUUCUCCGACAAAAAGCAAGAAGAAGGAUGUUAAUUUUGACGACAUUCUGGAUUUCAUUGACAAACCCGAAAAUCUGAAGUCGCCAAAGACUUCCGGCAGAAAGCGUGGCAGCGGCUCAACGGGAAAGCUGUUUAGUCCGAAAGAAAAUAGCAAGUCGGCGUUUAAGCCACUCAAAGCGGAUACAGAGACAACUAAUAAAUCCCCUGCAGGAAAUAAAACCCAGCCCAGCGUAAACAAACGCAUAGCGUUCCUACAAGACCACCCGUUUCAAGGAACGCCACAAGCUUCGUUCUUCUUCACCAACGUGGGUCCGAACCACAUUGAAUAUCGCGGAGUGUUCGAUCCCAAUGCUGUGCCUAUAAAUUUCAAGGACAGCCCGGAUGCGCUGUUUCAGUUAAUCCCUGAGCUGCCGAAGCUGUUUGAUUUCGAUACACGGGGAAUUCCGCCCCCGCAAGAACCCCCAAGACCCCGGCAACCUCUACCUUCCCGUUUGCCGCUGCCCACACCAGUUUUGGACGACGCCGUACCGGGGGAUCCGUUACCGUUGGCACCUGUGGCUCCCCUCCGGGCUGCUCCACGAAUUCCGCUGCGACCACCAGCGGCCGUCGUACCCAUCCAGGUUCCACAAGCCGGUCCUGUCCCUGUAGAUCCUCCUCAUCAGGUCUACCCCCUUGCGCUUCCUCCACCACCAAAUCUUCAAUUACCAGAAAGGCUAAAUGAUCCAUUCCCAAAGUACGAUUACGUUCGGGGCAGCUUUGAUGGCUACCCAAAGAUAUUCCGAUUCAAUGAUGAGCGGAUAUCGAUUCUUGAUUUCGAUAAGCAGAAAAAAGCGGGGCAGGUUCUACGACGGAAAGGUGACGAUCUCGAUCCUGAGCGUGUUCCGCGAAACAGUUUUCUAAUUUUCCACGGGGGUCACUUUCCAUCGAAGGAAGAUAGCUUUGGAAAGUCUCGCUUCAAUAGCGCACCGAAAAGCAACCGUUUCAGUAACUUUGUUGAUUCAGGCAAUUUCCUUGAGGAGCCGGAACCGCCUCGAGAGCAGGUGUUUUUCACACCUAAGAAUGCUGUAGCGCCACCAGCUCCCAUAGGGUUGCCGCCGCAACCGCCCGUCUUCAAGACAGAUAGCCCCCAGACAUCCUUUAAAACGACGAAACCCGGUGGCUACAUCUACUUUAUCCGGACAGGCUAAAAUCCCAUCCACUUCUAUAGAUACACCUAUAUAUGUAAGUCAACUGGUAAGCUUCCGUUGUGAGCUCGAAACGAGUGGCUGAUUAACCCACCUUGCUAAUUUAGAGUGCUUCGUAAAAUUGCCAUACAAUCGAAUUACGCUAGGCGGUCCAGCCGUAGCCUUCUUUCUUAACAGAACUAUUUUAAGUUAGUCUUGCCAAACGUCAUUAUGCCUAAUAACUUAAACCAUUUUUAUGGAACGAUACUCGGGUGUACUUCUUCUUUUUGUUCUAUCACUAUAUACUCGGACUACUAUUCCUUACCUUUUCAUCCAUCCAUUCAUCCAUCCACCUACCCAGUCAGCAUGAAUAAUGGAUGUUUAAUAGAUACACUUUUAACCUACCUCUAGUAGAGCCUUUGCUUUCUGUCUCUUUUUGAGCUAUUCUCAGUUUGCAGCAACCGGCCUAUUAAUUGCAGCUUCUUCGCGCGGUGAGUACGGCGCUCUGACGUACGAUUCCUUUUUGAUAAAAAAAAAAGGCCUUAAGCAAUUUUGCACCUUUCUUGCGUUACAAAUAAUGCAAAGAUAUGAUAUCAGCUACUUUUGCUUGUAGUAUAGUAAUGAUAAUGACAACAAUUAUUGUAAUUGGCUAGGAUUGGGGGAGGAGGGCCUGAGUUUGUUUUGACGAAACACGUUCGUUUAUUCUCCAGGUAUAUUCUUUGACCUAAUAUCCGGAACUACGGGGAUUGAUACCUUAUUCAUUUACCACUUUGAAAAGAAAAAGUACGUAUUGCGCAACUUGCUACACAGUGAACAAUGCAACAUGUGCGAAUAGUUAAACACAAACUGUAGCGGUACCGUACCUCAUCUAGCUUCAGCUAAGCGGGCUUUAACAUUUGAUUCAACAAAGGGCCUUCUUUUCGUACGUAGCUAUUUUCUGUUAGCAAACAUAUUUUUCAUUGCGCGCGGUAAUACAACUACAAUUAUUAUUUUUAAUUUGUCGAGAAAAGGGCUCAGUAAUUUUUUGGCCUUUUUGAACUAAACACGAAACCAUUAUCUUAUUUCAAAGUCGAACUCAGUGCAGACUAUGUACGGUCAAGUAAGUGCAUUUUCGGAAGCACUUUGCGAUCUUAAAUAUCAUACAAGCCUAUAGAGAGAAAGCUACAACAAGUAUCGAUACAGGACAAGGGUUAGAAAAAUGUGACGAAUGGCCUCGUGGUGGUAUUUAGACAUUUAAAAAGAAAAAAAAAUACAUAUAUAAAGAAAUAUAUUUAAAAAAAUACAUACAAAAAACAUAAAGGGCUUCAACAAUUUUGUAUUUGCAGCUAUGCAUCAAAAAUGCCUUUCAUGUAGCACCGUUUGCUUGUGGAUAUCCCCAGUACAUCCUAAAACUUAGUGUUUUCUCUAUGGUUUUUGCUGAACAGGCUGACUCGAACUAUGGCCUUAUGCAAGACUAUAUCUUCCAGUGUUUAGAAACCGUAUCAUGGCUGAAUUAUACUACUUGCUGCCCUCUAACUCACCUAUGCUAACAUUAAGUUCUCUUUAUAGUUUACUUGUAACAGCUGUUUUCAUCAACUUUUUCUCCAAAAACAAUGAUACAACUAUUUUUGUAUUUGCUCUUAUCCUUCCAACUGCUUUAUUCCAUUAUAAAAUCAGACUUCCUACUCGAAGAACGCAUCAGACAAUUAAAAAUAUCACCAUUUUACGCGGCAACAUAGUGUCAUCCUGAAGUCCAGCACAUCUUCAUAAGAAGAAAAAGAAGAAGAAGCUCAGAGUUACAGAAUAGCUUUGACGACGAUAUUCAAGUUUUAGGCCUUUACAGCUGGUGCGAUUACAAUCCCGCUGUUCCCAAUUUAACACCUACUUUGUUCCCUGUCCAAGAGUCUACUUGCUCUUUAUAUUAUACAGACACCGUUAAGAUUAAUAGAUACCACUAUGUUUCUGUAACGCCUGCGGAUUACAUCCGGCCUCUUUUCCCUAUAUUAACAACCUAACACUUUAUGGUUGGCGGUGGUAUUAAAAUUAUCGUGUGCACUGGCGGUACGAUGUCGACAUAUGUCUCCUUGUGUUGAACAAAUCGAAUCAACAACGAACGACUUCGGUCGGCUGUAGCCAUUUAAUCAUCGAUCUGAGUUGACGUCGUUCAGGUUCGCUAGGAGAGCCGCAAGCAACGCAGAGAGAAAACGCAUCGUUCCUUUCCUCUGUGGCUGAUUCUUCCCAGGUUACCCCCGAGCUCCGUUAGCCACCUCCACAGCGGCUAUCCGCAUUUAACAGCUUUAUAGCCGCAAUUAGCGGCGUCGAUGAAACAUGUGUCCGCGUGCAAUCCGUCUGACGGACCUGAGAUGGCUGUGUGCCUUACACGCCUGGCAGUAUCGAAUGAUGAUAACGUAGAUCUAAUGCGGCGAGGUACCUAUUUAUCUGACCUGCCUGUUGACGAUGUGAGCCGGCUGAUGGUGCCCGAAUUCAAAGCCUAGAUCAGCCAACGGCAGGCUUUGUAAAAGUCUCGUGGAAGAUUCUCUAAGCAGACCUUGCGCAGGUGUUCAUCUUUGGGGCAUCACACCGCAUUUCACCCUUGGCCCGUGUUGGUGGCGAUCACAACCCUUUCACCGAUACCAACAAGUUCCCACACACGCAACGAAAACAAAAAAUUAUGCGUAUAUUGUACAACCGAAUAAUCUGACAUGACCGAAUAACGUAAAGUAAGUUUAUCGUCUAGUGGCUUACCCAUUUCAAUACGCAGAAGCGGUUACAUAUAUACCUACGUACCACACAGGCCGUGGCAUAUUGACAGCAAUGUAAUCUCCGACCUGGGCGUGCUUGGCGGAAGGUGCCAUAUGGUGCUAUACGAAUUUCAAUACUGUAUAUGUUAAAUUUAUUGUAGCGUAUCAAAGAUUACGAUGUUCAUUCUGUCAGAUGUUUUCUAGUGCCUCUGCGGGUCUCCCGUACAAAGAGAAGAACACAUAUACGCAGUACUAAUAUAGAGGACCUGGUGCCAUUAUUGCUACCUGGAAAACUUCCUAGAGACGAUGGGUGAAAAAUAAUUAUCGAUAUGGAGUUCCUCACUACAUUGUGUGUAAUUCUACAACAACACAACAGAUAAUAUGGUGUAAAAGCGAAAAAUCCUAAGCUUUCAUUCUCAAGCAAAGCUGAACAGGUUUUUAUUAAAUAUUCAUUUUCGAAAAUGCUUUAUUGAUAUUUUAUCAGGUUCAAAAUGCUAGUGCUGGUAAAGCAUUCGGUCAACGCGUGAUGAGAAGGCAAACGAUGCGUCCUGUACAAAAUGUAGCCAUGAAAGCUCCAUCUUAGAUUGUGAUGGUACAUCGAUAAGUAUAGUUUCUUGGUUUUAAUAUAGAAACUCGUUCAGUUUUGCCAUUGUGGAUGAAACAAAUACUGAAUAUAUAGCAGUGGCUUAUCUCGUCGAAAUUCGUUUUCGUCAUGAAAAGAGCAACUUGAAUAUUUAUCGUUCGAAGUUAUUUGGGUCGCAAUGCUUAAUGGUUCAAUUGAAUAUCGAUUAAGAUACUCACCGUUUCGUGUCACCCACUUUGCCUUUGAAGCUUGUUUUUCUCAGGAAUCGCUUCCGAUACAAGUUUGACUUUCCAUAUAUUCCCAUUUUAUACUAGUUCGAUUUUCACGCCGCCAUCGCAAAUGAUUGAUUAACUCGAACUCGUUCGGAUGAAAGUAACAAAGGCAAAGUCUGAAACGCACUGUUUCAGCCGAACCAAUUUCCAAUGCUUUGAAUAACAGGGUGGUACAGGAAAUAAAUCAUACCGAGUGUUGGAGAGGAUCAACAUUUACCAUUGCCGAGGCGAUGCACAAACACGCCUAAGUCAAGUAACAGUACUGCUUGAUAUAUUGACGAGUGAAAUAUAAAUAAUUUUUUAUGCGCACUGCGCAGAAAUCCAACAGACUGUUCUGUCACACGAUGCAAACGGUUCAAACAUGUUCACAAACAGGGAGAGCGCCGAUGUUUUUAAUCGCGUUUUAUUCACACGUGAAAAAGCUAUGAACUUUUUUUUGAAAACGACCGCUGAGAUUCUACGAGCUUUUGCGUUUGGCAUUCAACAAAAGCCUCGAAAUCCGCAUAUUCAAGAUUCUUUGUAACGGAGAUUUUAAAUAGCUUGUUAUGCCCUGGGAACCUGAACCAGCGUCUUCGCUGGCCUGUCAUUCGUUUUUGUUGUAAAAGGUCAUCCUCCUGUAUAAUCACCCCGUAGAUAGCUUAAUAAUGCUAUAUUAGAUGGAUCAAUCAUCGGGCCAAGAGCAACUGCAUCACGUGCUUUACAUAUAACAGACACAUGGAAAAUAGGCGCUUGUGGCCCCGCCGACUUUGGCGGUACUAGUAAAUAGUUAAGGCUUUUCGAUAAAACUGUCGAUCAACACCGACCUGACGACGAGCGCGUGCCGUGGGUCUUUUUAUCGGUCCUACAAUACACGUACGCAGCUCACGUACUCGUGGAUAAUAGGGCUCUCUGAUUCGCGCUCAGCCAUGUACUAGCGUUAGAUGAUCUUGCCUGUGUUGGGUGUGUAAGGCAGGUUGUGGCAGAAAUGAGGUUAAAAAUCAAACCCAUCAAACGCUGAGCACGAAGGCUUGCGUUUAUUUAUACUUAAGCAUGAUCGAGUUGGCAGUGACCGAUAGUUUCCGAUUCGUAAAAAGUGAUAUGUAUGUGACAAUAGCAUUGAUGCUACUACGCUCCUAAAUAAGGUGAAUGAUUUAGCUAUAGUAAUGUAAGGAUAAGGUCUAAUAUUAAUAAUGAAAAGUGUUGACCAUAUUAAGAAUGAAUUUCGCUCAUGAGUAAUUAAUAAACAAAUAAAUUAUUGUUGUUAAGCGAUAUCCAUUUUAUUUGUGCCUUAGAGCUUGAAUUGAAAUCAUAUUUGGAAUUGUUAAGUACUUCUAGUGAACGUUUCCAUAGCGGUUAUAAAAAAAAAAAAAAAAAAAAAUAGUCUUUUAAACUCCGUUUUCAUUGGAGAAAGGCAUACCUGCCUUCAAUGCUAGCCAUCAGUAAAUUUUUCUAGACCCAUCUGUUACGAAUACUUACGUUUAUGUAAUAUUCACUUGACCUGGCAACACUGUGCAGUAUACUGUUUUUUUUUUUUUUUUUUUUCGGGAAGUCUUUGAUGAGGAAUUCAGUUAGACGUUGAUGUGAUGCACUUCAUAAAGGUAGAGAAAAGGCUAUAUUCAUAGCCAUGCCUAAUUAUGGUUGAAUUAUGUUGUAUAGAGCAUGUCUGCCAGGUAGAGGCCUUAACCAACAGGAUCAGCUAAAACGUUUUUUUCUUGUCCAUAUACUGUUAAUAUCGUAAAA